AUGGGACUUUGUUCAUCUAUGCAUCAUGGAACUGAUUUAUCAGCAUCUCUAAGACUAAAAGCUAUUCAAAUAUUCUAAAAAAUUGAUAAAGAGAAUAAAGGAGUUAUUGACAAGAAAACAACACAAUAGUUUUGGUAUUUAUUCUCUAUAUCACUUUCUUUAGGUAGUCUAACUUUGCUAAAAUCAAUACUGAUGCUCUAUUCAAAGCAGUUGAUUUCGAUAAUUCUGGGGAUAUCACAAUUUAAGAGUGGUUGACUUUUUGGAAAAUCGUCAAGAAAACUGGAUAUACUGAAUAAGAAAUUAAUGAAGAAGUAUUACAUGUGUUUUCAAUGUAGCUGGAUGAACUAAUGCAAGGAAAAGCUUGGGUUCAAUUUAGAGUUGUAGAUCAAUUUAUUUAAGUUGAUAAAAAUAGAAGAAGAUCUCAAAUUCCUCAAAUAGUUAUGUAAGAAUAAAUGCUGACUCUGAGAAAAACUAAGACAGCUGAAAUCAAAUGA